ACUGCUCAGUCCCUGAAGAACGGACUGGAUUGUAGAGCUGGUAUCUACUUUCAGCUCUGUAGGACUGUUAGAUCAUUUUAUAGGCCUUUGGAACAGUGAAGUUGUAUGUCUGAGCAGGGAAGCCUGGUGCUUUUAGAGAAGAUUUCGUCGUAUUUAUUGUCUGAAGCAGGCAUUCAGAUCAGCAGAGACUGUUUUAUUUGAGCUGUCCUAUAUACAGUACAUAGCAGUAUCAAAUCAGUCAAGUGUUGUAUACGUUUUGUCGUUGUUCACCUGCGAUCCUUUUUUUUUAUAUCCAUUUGGAGAAGGACAAGUGUCAUUCGCAAGUGAAGUAAAGACAAUGUACAAUACAGUUUGGACUACGGAAAAAGAAGACAAUGAUUGGAGGGACGUGAUGAUGCCAUAUUCCACAGAAUUAAUAUUUUACAUUGAAAUGGACCAACCACCUCCAGCUCUUCCUCCCAAGCCGGCCAAGCCCAUGACUCCAGUGAGCAGCAGCAAUGGUGUGAAGGAGGGGGCUGGGGGUUCGCUACAGGAAGCAGAGUGGUACUGGGGAGACAUAUCAAGGGAAGAGGUGAAUGAUAAGCUGAGAGACAUGCCUGAUGGGACCUUCUUGGUUCGGGAUGCCUCCACCAAAAUGCAGGGCGACUACACACUAACACUGAGGAAAGGGGGGAACAACAAGUUGAUCAAAAUCUACCACCGGGAUGGGAAGUAUGGUUUUUCCGACCCCCUGACAUUUGGUUCUGUGGUGGAGCUGAUUAGUCACUACAGACAUGAGUCUCUGGCCCAGUACAACACCAAGCUAGACGUCAAACUCAUGUUCCCCAUCUCACGCUACCAGCAGGAUCAGCUGGUGAAAGAGGACAACAUUGACGCGGUGGGUAAGAAACUCCAGGAGUACCACAAUCAAUACCAGGAGAAGAGCAAGGAGUACGACCGGCUUUAUGAGGAAUACACCAAGACCUCACAGGAGAUUCAGAUGAAGAGGACGGCCAUCGAGGCCUUCAACGAGACCAUCAAGAUCUUCGAGGAGCAGUGUCACACGCAGGAGCGCUACAGCAAAGAGUACAUCGAGCGCUUCCGCCGGGAGGGCAACGACAAGGAGAUUGAGAGGAUCAUGAUGAACUACGAGAAGCUUAAGUCUCGUCUGGGUGAGAUCCACGACAGUAAGAUUCGUCUGGAGCAGGACCUGAAGACCCAGGCUCUGGACAACAGAGAGACAGACAAGAAGAUGAACAGCCUCAAACCUGACCUCAUCCAGCUCCGCAAGAUCAGGGACCAAUACCUUGUCUGGCUCAAUCACAAAGGAGUGCGACAGAAACGAAUUAACGACUGGCUGGGGAUCAAGAACGAGAACACAGAUGAAGGGUACUUUGUGAGUACCGAAGAGGAUGAAAACCUGCCCCACUACGAUGAGAAGAGCUGGUUUGUGGGAGACCUGAACAGAACCCAGUCUGAAGACCUUCUCCUAGACAAACCUGACGGAGCCUUCCUCAUCAGGGAGAGCAGCAAGAAGGGCUGCUACGCAUGCUCUGUGGUUGUGGAGGGUGAGGUUAAGCACUGUGUGAUUUACAGCACACAGAGGGGCUACGGCUUCGCUGAGCCUUACAACCUGUACAGCUCUCUGAAAGACCUGGUCCUGCACUACCACCAGACCUCCCUGGUUCAGCACAACGACUUGCUCAAUGUGCGCCUGGCCUACCCUGUCUACGCACAGAUGCCCUCAUCCUCCGGCCCUGCCCCACGGAGAUGAGCACCCCCCCACCCAGCCCCAGGAUGGAUGAGGGGGUAGGGGGGGUAACUAUUACCCAGAACCUGAGAAAAAACCUGAGAUGGGGGGGAGAAAAAAAAAAGUCAGAAACACUUGCUGCAACACACACGUCAGCCACCUUGGAGUUAUAUAUAUUUUUACUAGAACAAUUGGAGGGCAUUCUUUCUAAAGACUGCUUGAUUUGCACAAGGAAGUUUUAAAUGUUUGUGAAUGUGAAAAAACUGAAGGAAAAGAGAAGAGCCGAGUUUUAGGUGACCCUGCUGCAACCUAAACUCCAGCCAGGACUCUUUCACAGAUUAACGACAACAUGAAGGCGCUCAAUUUUAAGGCUUUGUUUCCUGUCGUCCGUCUGUCGCCCAAAUUAUCAUUUUCUUUUUUUUUCUUUUCUGGUUUUGUUUUCUUUCUUUUUUUUAUUUGGACAAUUUGUUUUGUUCACUGCUUGUUUGCUAAAUGCAAGAGAUGAUGAUUAUAAUGAUGUCGAGUGUAUGUUCUGUCCCUUUCCGAA